AGCGACCAUAUUAAUCAAAGAAUCCAUUAUUGACCCGACCUUUCUGGAAUGGCCUAAAACAAUGACUACCGUACUUUCUCCCUUGACUUCUGCACCGGCGAGCUUUAAAGGUCCACCGGACGUCCAUUCCGCUCGUCUUCUCGAUAUCCACAAAAGGCGUAUCGAGGUUAUGGACCGAGAGGGUGUAGAAUACAUGUUAAUCUGACUAAUCUUCCCCCGGCCCUCAAGGCAAAGCAGUCCCACACAAAGCUUUGGAACUUGCCCAAGUCGCGAAUGACUAUCUGUCCAAUGGAGUGAAAAAAAGCUCUUCUCGCUUCAGGGCUUUGGCGUCGAUCCCCAUGCACAACGGAAUAUCAGCAGCGGCGGAACUCCGAAGAGCGAUCAAGGAGUUGGGAUGUUUCGGUGCGAUUUCAAAUGAUUUUCAAAGUGUUGGGGACGAUGGACAAGGGAAACUAUAUUUUGAUACCGAACAAUUUGAUCCCUUCUGGGCCGAAGUGCAGAACUUGGAUGUUCCAGUUUAUUUGCACCCUGAAUACAUGGUCAAAAGUGACUUGUUGCCUGGGACUAAGUAUGGGGAGAGGAAACAUCUGCUUGGUGCGGGGGUACAGUUUCACUUGGAUCUAGGUUGGCAUGUCUAUGCAAUUUGCUCCUCGGGGGUCCUGGAUAGGUUUCCGGGCGCCCAGUUGCUUAUUGGACACAUUGGUAAAGGUUAUAUAUCUAGACUC